CGACCAUUGUGUGCGCUGAGCCAUUUGCCAGGCCUUCUUGAGCGACCCCAGUUCCACGUCGCCGUAUUGACCUUCCUAACCUGACCACAUCAACAAGUAUGACAGCAACAACGUCGCAGCAAUAUAGAAGAAGACACUCAUCCGUGCAUCCGUUGCCUCUCCCCAUGAGACAUGGGCAUGUGCAUGGCCUUAGUGGACAUCACGGAAAGCACACAGACAUGCCCACCGCAUCUAGAAGUCUAGCCACGCGAAGAUUCUCCGAGGAUGGGGAAGGCCGAGCAAAAGAACUGUUGAAAUGCCAGUCUUGUGGGAAGGCGUAUAAGCAUAUUUCCUCGCUCGCAAAGCAUUUAUGGGAGCACACGCCCGAAUGGACCAUGACAAAAAAAUUGCUUAUAUCUAAGCACCAGCAGGUGCAGCUCUUGGAAGCUGCGUCUAUUCUUGUGGGAAUGAAUGAGCCAGGCACAAUCGUGGAUGAGCACGAGGCUCCGGUAGGCCCUUCGCCAUUUUCGCGAUCGCUUCCCCAGUUCACUCCGGAGCAUGAGGACCAUCAUCUACGCAUGUCGGAGGAACAGAUACCAUCGUCAUAUUCCCCUAUGCCCGGAUGCGUCGGAGGGUACAUAGACGUUCCAGCCAAGAAGCAUCACACGCAGAUGGAGUCACCCUACGAAGAGGAAGAAAGAGAGAAGAGAGAAGUUGUGGACGAGGACGAAGAGAUCUUGGGCAGGAUGGAGGCAUGAGGGCUUUGCCUGCAGGCUGGGGCACACGGGAGCAAGCCUCCCACUUUCGUAUGUACUGGUAGUGUGGAUCACUAGACGGGGCUAAUUGAAAUGGCAGCGAAACGACAUGGUUUCCACUGUAGCCCCAGGCCGGUGCGCGCCGCGACGGGCAAACACCCGUACACCGCCUCGGCGUGCGGGUAUAAAAGCGGCGGACAGCUCCCCACCUCUUUUCUUCCGGCGUGGCUCCCCCUCCCAGUCCUGGCGCGGCCGCCCACGGCCAGACACCCCCAUCUCGAAGACCCGUUUUGGUGAUUUGCUUGGGGCA